AUGGCGAAUGUCGUGUUUCCACCCACCAAUAUUCCGAGAAACGGGCGGACGGGCGCUAGGCUCUGGCCGCACUCACCCGAAGCGGCGAUUGCCCCUCCCCCGCAUCGCAUCCCGAUAUUUGUCCCGGGACCGCAUCGCAUAUUCAUGGACGAUUUCGGCCCAGCAGUUCAGUUCAGCUCGUCCUUGCAUCUGAGGAUCCCGGAUCAGCAUGCAUCGCAGCUUGGUCACAGAUACGUCGUUCCAAACAAGGUCACCGCUCCUUUGAUGACCCAUGCCCCGUCCCGUACUCCGUGCUCCGCAUUCGACCCCGUCCAUCGGGAACUCGCUGACGGCAACAUACAGACCCUCGUGUUUCUCAGGUCCCGUCAAGAGACACUGGACAGAUUCAGUAAAGAUCUGCCACCGUACUCGGUACUCUUCACUACGAAGUACAUGCACGGUACCGGGCACCUUUGCGCUCUCAAGUCCUCGACAAAGACGCGGAGAGACAUGGAGAUGCUCAUGCGCCUGAAGCGCGCCGGGUCGCGAGCUCAGGUCAACCUGUUCUGGGCGGGGUUGUUUCUUUUGGCUCGACUUCCAUUUAUCCCCAACCUGAUCAAGGAGGAGCUGGCUGCUGGCAUCGUCCUCCGUCUCCUCCACGAUAUCGAGGGGGUUUAUCAUGCUUGCCACGUGGAACCUAUGCGAAUUGUGAUUGUGCUCCCCUUGUGUUGCUCCGUGGUGGAAACAACACAAGGACACAAGGAUAACCCUGCAGGGGCCGAUGUACGGUUAAUGGACGAGGAAAUACUUACGACAAUGCCUGGGACUGAUAAUUAUCGAAAGAAAACGUCAAUAUGGGACAAGGAGAGGCACAGGAGCCCUCGGAUGUUCAUUGAUCAUCUGGCGACUUGA